AUGAAUCAAGAAAAUCCGAUUAUAACUGAAAAAAGCCAAGAAGAAUUAAAAAGAGAUGCAAAACUUCGAGAGCUUUGGAUUAAAAAUGUUUGUGAUCAUGACAAACAUGCAAAAUUUAAAACUAAAGAAAUUUAUGAUUUUAUUAUUGUGGGUGCUGGUACUGCAGGUUGCGUGCUUGCCAGAGAAUUGAUUCAUG